CGGACGUAUACGGAAUUUUCGAGCCGCGGAAAAUCGCGAGAAUCAGAGAGAGUGACCGAAGAAAAUUCCGCGGCGGGGCGGACGAACGAGUGUGCAUAGGAAAAGUGCAAUGGCGUAUCGGGCCGAGUAAACAAACAAAGCCCGAUUGAGUGAUUCUCCGACCCCGAGAUGGACUGGGACAAGCCACCACCGCCCCCACAUCCGCCUCCGAAGCCCAGACGCACCCGGUCCCGGCAAAAUGUCCUGCACUACGAGUCCUUGCCGACGGCUCCGCCGGCCAUGUACGGUCGCACCGAGGAGAAUAUCUUCCAGUUCCCGGCCGUGGCCUCUCGGGCCCGCAAUCUCUCCGCCUCCCCGAAGUUCGAGAGGCGGGAGGCCAAGGACCUGCCCGUUUGCGAGCUGGGCAAGCACUCCUGCUCCAAGUGCCAGCCGUAUCGAGCGGAUCGGGGCACCAUCGAACCGCUGAGAACUCGCCUCAAUUCCGCCAUCGAGGCCAUGGACGAACUGACCCGGACUUACGCCUUGCUGGAGGGAUUCCUGGAGCACCGACUGACCACCAUCGCUGACAACGAGGCGGGUGAGCGGGAGGCGGAGUUGCAGGCACUGGAAGACGAUAUUCCCUCUACCAGUCAACAAGCCAUCAGGCAGCGUCCACCCACCAAGCCACCCCGCUCCACCACCAACGACAACCAGUUCGAUCUGGAGCACUCGCUCACUUGGCUGGAGUCCCUAAUGGGCACCGAGGUGGUCCCGCCCUUCAAGCAGGGCAAGUUCAAACGUAUUCGAGAGCGCAGCAAGUCCAUGAUGGACGAGGACCUCAACAUUUUCAUGAAGGGCGAACGACCCGGCUUGAAACUCAGCUCGUCCCGUCCUUAUCUCCUGAGACGCCAGAGCACCUACAGCGACAACAAGGCAAAGGUGUCCAAGUGGACCAAGGUGAAGGCCGCCUUCAAGUGGGAGCGGGCUAAUGUGCCGCCCGCUGGACCAGGUGCUCCGGAAACCAGUGUCCUGAUGCCGCUCAACCACGAGGUGGAAAGAUACCUCAAGGUGCCCAUAAGUGUGGCAGCGGGAAGCAGUUCCGCGGACAGCAUCAUCAGUUCCUCCUCCGGCCAUAUUAUGAGCGAUACUGGAGGCACACCUGGAACCAUGAGCUCGGCCAGCUCCAUGGAGGAUCUGGAGGCAGCCAGUCGGCACAAUUAUCGUCGUGAUUCCUCCAAGAGUGAUACCCGCUGUGAUUCCCGCACCUCCCACUUUGAGGUGGAGCUGCGCAAAUCCUCCACCGACGAGCGCCUGGACAAUAUCAAAUCCUCUGCCCCGCCACUACCAGCCAAGUCCUCAUCGAGCAAGUCGCUACGAAGAUCGAAGGCCUUUUCCGACUUCGAAGUCCUGCCCGAGGAUCAUGUGGCGGAGAUCAAGGCCACCAGUAGCCGGCGGCAGAAGCUACCACCAAGUCCAUUGAAUCUUAAUCAGGUGAACCAGAUGUACAGUGAUCUUCCGCAACUCCACUCGCCGUUGAAGAGUCCCAAGGAUUCGCGGAUGCGUCGUGUCCAUUCACCGGGAACCUCCUCCGUGCCCAGCAGUCCCUCCAGACAGUCGUCUUUCUUCGGUGAAUUUGAGAGCGAGGAUCUGUCCAGUGGCGAUUUCUCGGAGCCCACUACUCCAAACUGUAAGAAUUUCCCACAGAACACAGACGACGAGGUAUUUCAACAUUAUCAACUUCUCGUACUCAAACUAGAUUCGGAGUUUAAGACCAAGCAAUGCGAGUUCGAGCGUUCCAGCGCCAACAACCGCAGUAUCAAACUGGGCAGUGGUGCAGCCGCAGGAGCAGCGGGAAGUGGAAAGCGGAGCAGCGAGGAGCACUCGCCCACUCAGUUGCUGCACAAUGAGCUCGUGUCCACCGCCCAGCUGGAGCAGAAUCUCACCCCGCAGUUCAAGAAGAAGCUGCACAAGUGGCGGGCCAAGCAGCAGAAUUGCCCGGGAGGAUCGUAUGCCUCCUCGGAACCGGCGGCUAGUCCCACAGCCAAGAGUCAGAGUUGUGAGGUGAAGCCCAAGAUCGACUGGAACCUCUGGAGCAUGGGGCAGCUGAAGCUGGAGGGCCAGGGUCUGUGUGCUCUGCCCGAUCAGAAGGAUCUGCCCGAGAAGUUCCAGAAGAAGUUGGAGCAAUGGAACCGGUUGAAGUGUGCUCCUGGUGGCGGCACCACUUCCGACAACGACUCCUUGAAGCGGGGAUCCAAGCACAGUCAGUCCACUAGAAGGGGAUCCGAUGAUGAUCGAUGGUACAAGCACAGGCCACAUGACAAAGAGAAAUUGUCCCGCCUUAAAGCCAUUGUGGUACCGGAUCACACCAAGAAGAUCGAGGUCAAGACUUCGGAUGGCGAGGUGAUGAAAUUCGAAGGCAUCUCGAGGAAGUUCACCAGGAAGCUGUACGAGUGGGAGAAGGCCAGGGGGAUUGGACCAGAGGCCUCCACCUUCGCCCUGUUGCAUCCGGGUUACUGUCCCAUCGAUGUAAGGCGCAUCAACAAGGAGUGCAACAAAGUGGCAGCGGAUCACUCCCCCACCCUCAGUCGUUCCCUCUCCCUGGACAGCGUGUCACCCAACUGUAAUCUGGCACAGGCCAUCUCUCAGCAGGCUUCAUCCCUGUCCCUGAACGACGUCAACGAUCUCAAGGAGAUCGAGGACAGUAACGAUGCCCUCACGGACCACGAGUUCAAGAAGUACGACGAACCGGAGGCGGUGAUGGUGGAGGUGGAGGAGCACAUCCAUGACACCGCUUCGCCACUGGUCACCGCCCACACGUUAGUGGAGCAGCAGACGCCCAUCUACAAGUACGAGGAGGUGCAGCGCAACGACUAUGUCAAUUCGCGUCGCGUCCAGAGCUUCGAGUCGCACACGAAUCUGGCCCCCUUGCUGGGCGCACUGAAACGUGCCGAUGAGCUGUUUGGCCAACUGAGGAAUGCCUCACCCGAUCUGCUGGAACACCCGUCCAUGCGGGACUGCCAGACCGCAUUGCUGAGCAUUCGUAGCAUUUAUCCGUACUACUCCAACAACCUGAUGAAGGCGGGCGUGCUCAACGCCAUAUCCGAUGUCCAGGGCGAACUGGGACGUCUGGCCGAGUUGAGCCAAAAAUCGCCACUGGAUGAGGCCUGCUGCCAGGAAACCAUGCAGGAGCGGACACUGGAGUAUCUGGAGGAGCUCCAAGGACUGCUAGAAUGCCUGCAGUGCCUCAAGCUAAGCAUACAGGGUGGAACGAAUCGCUAUCCCCGGGACAUAGUGCCGGAUAUCAACAUCACCAGCGAGGAUGGGCAGCAGUUGGACUCCAGUUCUGCCUAUGCCACCUGCGACAAUUCCAGCCGGGAUCAAUUGGCCCAGGACGACAAUAGCAACAGUGCCAGUGCCGCCUCGCCAAUGGAGCACGAAACGGAGACCAGCACCACGACGGGCACCCUGUGCCGCUCCAGCCUGCCCACUGUGAAUGUGAAUGCCCAUCCAAGUGUAAAUGGUGUAGGCAAUGCCACUGCCUGUGCCAAGAAGAAACUGCUGCGAUUGCGGAAGAUGGGUUCCCGGCAGAACAGCAAGACGGAGAGCGACAGCAGUGAUGCGGAUACCCACUCGGUCUUGGAGACACCGCGCCGAUUGCGCAGGAAGAACUUCCGGCUGAAGCAGCGAUCCCUGGAUGAUGACUUCCGGUUGGGUUCGAUCACAAAUGAGCAGGAGGUGACUCCACCUAGAGAGGAAAUUGUCUACGGUUCACUGAAGGUCAAGCCGGGUGAACUCAUCGAGCAGAGUCAAUGCGUGGCACCUGCUCCACUUUCGACUACUGCUCCUGUUCCGUCUACCUCUUCCAGUGCAUCCACCACUCCGUUUACUUCAACCACUCCUUCUGCAACAGUUACUCCAUCUACAAAACUGGGUGCCUUUAUUCCGCCUCCUUUGCCGGAGCAUAAUCGAUCAUACAAUACGAAUGCCAAUGUUUUUGUGAAAACCAAACGCAAACUAUUCACCACCAUCCCAGAACCAAGUGCCGCUGAAGGCAUAGCUUUGAUCGAAAAGGAUCUAGAUAGUCCCACAGAGAAUAGAGCGGAGAAGUUGGAUAAAUCAGAUAAGAUCAAGUGCCCUCCAAAGCCCCUCAAUUUAUAUAAGUCCAUCAGUUUGGAACGCUUAACUAAUCCGCCCAAUAAAGAGGACCUGCGAAAGUGUCAGAGUAGCGAGAACUUCCGGCGGGGAUGCCUGUUCGUGCGUCCUCCACUGGCCAGCGAUAGCAUGGAGAGAUUGGCGGAGGCCAAGAAACCGCAGGACUCGAACAAUCCCCCAGUUCCGCCCCGGAAAGCUCAUCUCUACAAGAAAAACUCGCUGCACAAGUCGCACAGUGCCAAUGCCAGCAACAGGAUUGAGCACAAGAUAGCCAAGACCAGCUCCGGUCCCAGCUUCUCCAGGGUGCAUCCUCCGCCGCCAGUCCCAGUUCCCUUGAUCUUACCCAAUAAACAGGAUAACACGCUGCCGCGUAUCCAAAGAAAGCAUCCCAACACACCCACCAAGGCGAAGCAGUUCGAGUUCCCGCCACCACAGAUCCUCAUAGCAGAGCGUCCAGCCACGCCCCUUUCGGAACGGGCCAUCCGCCUCCAGUUGGCCAAGGCGCAGUUCCUUCAGAGUGCUCCGGUGACUCCACGUCAGGAACCUCAAACUCCAAGUCGGAAUUCCGAUUCGGUGGUACUCCAAAAGAGCAUCAGUGCGGGUAGCAUGAGAGGAGGAGGAGGAGGAGGAGCAGCUGCCCAUGAGCCCACCAAGCAGCAGCCUUAUCAUGAGGUAUCCACCGAUCAGGAGAGUGUGGGCAACUCCAGUGCCUACGACAGUUUGCCCAGGUCCGUCAGCCGGAGUGCCAAGAUCUCCAGCAAACUGGGAUUCGCCACUCUCACCUCAAAGUUGCGAAGGGGCAACAAGAAGCCCAAGGAGCCACCACCAAGUCCUGGGAGCGCCCUAUCCGCCCUUUGCCGGCAAACUCUAAUGGCCGAUGUCAUAGCCAUACCGCAGGCCUUUGCCUCAGAGAAACCACCACCUAGUCCCACGGGUCGAAAUGUAUCCAAGUCCCAGAGCACGCCACAGGCUGCAGGUCCUUCGACCAUCAACUUCGAAGGAAUAAACAAGUCCUUGAGCGAGCAGUAUGUCCGCCAACUUAAGGAGAGCGACGUCUAGUCAGAGUCCCCAGUCUCAAGUCCAGAAUCUAGUCAUAGGAGUAAUGUGUAAACCGAAUGUCCGAGAUGUUUGAAUGCAUUUUAGGGUCUGUAUUGAAUCCACAUAACAAUAUUUUCACUCGAUUGCCACCAAAAAAAGGAUAUAAACGAUUGUCAAACGAAAGCAGCCAAAGUAGAGAUACUCGAAAGUCCAUUAAUGAAGAAGAACUAUCUUGAUCUGUGUAAAAUCGAAAAGUCCAAAACUAAAUAGUUUUUCAGAUGUAGUUACUAAAACAUUAUUUUUUUUGAUUGAUUCGAAAUUUUGUAAAAUGUAUAGUAACCAAAUCUAGGAUUAUGUUUUUAAAGAAUUUUGAGGAAAUAACUGUUGGAAUAUGUAACACCUUAAAUAUAUUUAACUCUUAUUUUUCCAAUAACAAAAAAAAAACAGAAAAAAUGCUGAUGUUCCUUUGUGCAAUAAAUUAAUUUAAUUAUUA